AUGGCUCCUCAUGUUGAAUAUAUUGUCAAUGGAAAUCAAUACUAUUUGGGCUACUAUUUGGCAAAUGGGAUCGACCCCCAUUGGGCUACUUUGGUGAAGACCAUCUCUUCUCCUGAUAACCCAAAGAAGAGGCUUUUUGUACAAAUGCAAGAAGCGUACAGAAAGGAUAUUGAAAGAGCAUUUGGAAUAUUACAUGCUUGA